AUGCUGGGCUACACCGUCGUCGUCGCCCUGCUGGCGUACUUCCUCCUGUUCAGCGGGUUCUUCAUCAACCGCGACAGAAUCCCGGACUACUGGAUCUGGUUCCACUACCUCUCCCUCGUGAAGUACCCCUACGAGGCGGUGCUGCAGAACGAGUUCGACGACCCGAACAAGUGUUUCGUUCGGGGGGUUCAGAUGUUCGACAACACGCCCCUAGGGGCGCUGCCGGACGCGCUGAAGCUGAGCGUGCUGAAGGCGAUGAGCGGAUCGCUGGGGUCCUUCGAGAACAGGCUUUCCCACAGUGCCGGCCUAAAAGUACCGCAUAGCGCGCACCAGGCCAAGAAAGGCUGAGAAGCAGCUAAGUCCAAGAAAACGGGAGCCGCCACGGGGUCCAAGAAGUCCGGAACGGUGAUGCUACCUCCCGUUCCGUUAAGAGAACCAAUGACGGUUAACGGUCUAAAGGUUGACCUGGGAUUCACUCCCUACAGUGAAAUGCUCAACGGGAGAGUAGCGAUGCUGGGGUUGGCAGCGCUCGUGUUGGUCGAGCUUGGGUCAGGUAAAGGGCUGCUGAGCUAUCACGCGCCGCCCGUCUUGUUCCUCCAGGUUUAUACGGUGGCCGCGCUGUCUGCGAUUUUUGUUAAGUUCGAGAAGGAGAGGAUUAGCGUUUGGCCUGAGAAAUCGCCGGUUGAGGUUGAGGAGGAGUCGACUGUAACCGCGGAGUAAGAAAAUUGCAGGUUCCCUUCUUUUUCCAGGAGUGUUGACACUAGCUAUUUGAAUUCUGAAAUCUUUGUAAUUGUGCAUGUCUGAGUUGUUUUUUUGGUAUAUAAUGCAGUCAUGAGUAUUGAUACAUGCAAACUGAAAAUGGUUUA